AUGAACUACCAUCCGAAGGUGGACCCGGGCAACCCAAAGUUUGAGCCCGGACUAAGCCCAAGCGAAUAUGUCAAGCUCUUUCCCUAUCUGGUCCAAGAGCGACCGAACCUGUCAAAGCCUUUCCAGCUCUACUGCGUCAUCUGCGAUAAGGAGAUUGAUGGCAAGUCCGGCGCCAAUAUCAAACGUCAUCUCACUGGGAAGUACCACAUUUUAAAGUACAAGUCAAAAUCAUAUGGCGCUGGAACGUUCCUCACCACGAUUGUCGAAAAUCAUCCAGAAACCUUUAAAAUUUUCAACGGUCAGCUCUUAUGCAAAGUUUGCCGAUCGAUACUCAAUUCCACCAACCCAGGUGUUCAAAAACACUUGACCUGCAAGUGGCAUGUCAAAUGCGAAAAGGUUCUGAAUGACCAUAAAGCCCAAAUGGAGAACAUGACCAAGGACGAGUUCAAUACUCUUCUAUGCGAGAGCUUUGCUGCGGCCAACAUUCCAUUUGAAAGAGUUGAUCAUCCGGCGAUGAAAAACUUCAUUGAGACAAUCAGCGGAAUGGCGGUUCUACAUUCCUCUACUCUUCGUGAGCUUCACCAAUCAAUGCUGGAAGCUGAAGAAGGCAAAGACGAAAACGAAAAGACCACAUCCUUAGUUGAAAUUCAAGAUCACGAAGACUACGCAAAGCCCUCUAGAGAAGCCGUCAAGCUAGAGAAGCGAUUGCAGGUGAAGCAAAGAGUUGUUGAAAAACGUCUCAGCAUGAACGCGCCAUCUAAAGCAGUGUCGGAAAUUAUUCGCAGUAAAGAUGCGGCUGAAACUAAAAAACAAAGUAGAGAAGACUACAAAAAGGCCAAAGAACUUGAAGAGGCCCGUAAGGCCGGAACAGCGCCCGCUGAGGUAGAUGAAGAAGGAAAAGACAUCAACCCGCACAUUCCUCAGUACAUUAGUAGCACCCCGUGGUACUAUGGCUCACAAGGCCCUACCUUGAAGCAUCAACGAGCUCCAGAAGAGAAAGUCAAGCCCGCUGCCAGUCUAAAUGAGUACUUUGUUCGAGGACAGAAAGGCAAAACUGCUACCAAAUUUCGAAAGGGUGCAUGCGAAAACUGCGGCGCAAUGACACACAAGAGGAAGGACUGCCUUGAGAGGCCUCGAAAAGUGGGCGCACAGUUCAGUGGGGAGGACAUUGCCGCCGAUGAGCUCAUCCUUCCGAAGCUGCAGCACGACUUUGAUGGGAAACGCGACCGAUGGAAUGGCUACGAUCCAAUGAUGUACCGCUCGGUGAUUGAGGAGCACGCCAAGGUGGAGGAAGCAAAGCGACUGUUGAAAGAGGAGAAGCUGCAGCAGCAGGAUCUAAUCAGCAAUGACGACGCCCCUGGUGACUCGGACGAGGAUGAAGACGAAAAGUACGCUGAUCACAUCGACAUGCCCGGCACCAAGGUGGACAGCAAACAGCGAAUCACAGUGCGAAACUUGCGCAUCCGCGAGGACACCGCCAAGUACCUGCGCAACCUCGACCUGGAGUCAGCGUACUACGACCCAAAGACUCGCUCGAUGCGAGACAAUCCGUACCGGGAGACGGGAAAGACACCGGCGGAGUUGCAGUACGCCGGCGACAACUUUGUCCGCUACACCGGCGACACGCAGAAGGUCUCCAAGGCGCAGCUGUUCUCCUGGGAGCUGACCGACAAGGGCGUCGAUGUGCACCUGCAGGCAGAGCCGACCAAGGCCGAGCUGAUAAACAAGGAGUUUGACUCGAAGAAGGAGGACAUUAAGGAGACGAUCAAGGAGAGCAUCCUCAGCAAGUACGGCGGCAAGGAGUACCUGCAGGCUCCCCCAAAGGAGCUCAUCUUUGCGCAGACGGAAGACUACGUGGAGUACUCCCGGACGGGGAAGAUUAUCAAGGGCGAGAAAAGAGCGCCCAUCAAGUCGGUGUACCGGGAGGACGUCUUCAUCAACAAUCACACCACAGUUUGGGGCUCAUUCUGGAAGGCCGGCAAGUGGGGCUACAAGUGCUGUCACUCCUUUAUUCGCAACUCAUACUGCACUGGAACACUGGGCCAAAAGACAAAUGAGACAAACAAUGUCCUUCUUUCUCAAGAAGCAGAUAAUGAACCAGAGGAUCACGACAACAUGUCAUUGCUGGAGCAACACAUGGAAAAGAAGAAGAAGGACAAGAAAAGCAAAAAGUCAAAAGAGAAAGAGGAGAAGGAUGCGGAUGACUCCAUUGACCAAGAGAAGCUCAAAGUGGCACUGCAGAAGGAGGAGGAAAGCAAAAAGAAUGCCGAAAAGCUUCUUCAGAUGGACGAACGAAAACGGUCGUACCACUCCAACUAUGAAGAGGGCCCCAUCACCAACGAGGAGAUUGAGGCGUAUCACCUAAAGAGACAGAGAAGUGAAGAUCCAAUGGCGGCAUUUCUCAAGUAA